AGAUCCGUAAUGGCAACCUGAAGAGCAUCCUGGGCCUCUUCUUCAUCCUGUCGCGCUACAAGCAGCAGCAGCAGCAGCAGCAGCAGUACUUCCAGUCUCUGGUGGAGCUCAGCCAGCAGAGCAGCAGCUCCUCAGCCUCCAGCAGCCGGACCGCAGACAUGCAGUCCAGUCUCACAGCGCGGUAUGCAAGUCCUCCGGGCCACAGUGGGUUAGGGUCACCACAGAAGAAAAAUACGAGAUUACCGGGCCCCUCCAGAGUUCCUGCUGCAGGCAGCGGGGCCUCCAGGAGUUCGGGGUCCUCCAACCUCAACCGUCGCAGCCAGAGCUUCAACAGCAUCGACAAGAGUAAACCUCUGCAGUAUGCCAGCGGAAACGACAGAGAGGCGUUGAGGGGGAUCCCGUUGCCGGGCGGGAUGAACGGGAGCUGUUCUGGCGGCGGCUCGGUUCCCAGUAGCCUCAGCGGUCAGCAGCUGAUCUCCUCCUCCAUCCCCUCGCCAACCAAAUCCUGGAGAAGCAAAUCCAUGAAUCUGAAGCACAGCGCCACCUCCUCCAUGCUCUCCAGCCCCACGCUCUCCCCCUCUGAGGCCCCUGAAGCCCUCCACGAUGGGUCAAAAGCAGCCGGUGGUGGUGGGCAUCAUCAGAGGUCAAUGUUGGAGAAGUUUCGCUUGAUUAACCCCAGAUCAGCGUCUCGAGCGUCUCCAUCUGUGGCGGAAAUGUCUCUUGAGGAGGAGGACGAUUUGUCGGAGUACGGUGAGGACGGAUUUACGAAUUUGGCGUACAGCAGUGGAAGUAGUUCUACAGCAAAUCAGAUAUCAACAAAAACCCCAUCUCCAUCCAUCACUGCACUAAGCAAAACGUCCCCUUCUUCUUCCUCCUCCUCCUCUAAAGCCAAUAAUAGCGGCAGGACAGGAGCAUCGUCCAAAGACAGGGAGGACAAAAGCAGCAGCAGAUCUGGACAGAAAUCUUCUAAGGACAGUUCUUCGCCCAAAGAAGAGUCGUCGCCCACUGACGGAAACAAGAAGAACUCCAAAAUCGCCAGUCUCAUCCCCAAGGGAGGGAAGCCGUCAAAGAAAGAUGGCGGCAACUCUUCAAGCGGCAUCCCCAAGUCAGGACUUAAAGCUCCUUCCUCCUCUUCCUCUUCCUCCACCUCAACGACGGCCAAGCCUCAGAGUCAAAUGCAGAGUCAGAGUCCGGCGUUAAACAGCAGUGGGAACCUGAGAGGAGGAGAGGCCGACAGAGGAAAGAUGACUAAAGGAGGGCAGGGUGGGAGUUUCUAUAUCCAGCGAUCCAGCGGGGGCUCAGAGACAAAAAGAACCAGUUUGACUUCCUCCACCAGUACCUCUGCACUUUCUGGUUCCACUGGGAUGCUGGGAGGAGGAGGAGGAGUUGGAGGGGGAGCGCUUGGAGGGAACGGAGUAGUUCAACUUCCUCAACAACAGCAGCACAACCAUCCAAACACUGCCACUGUGGCCCCCUUCAUGUACAGGACUUUCUCAGAGAACGACUGCACCAUGAUGGCCCCCGCAGAGCCCUGCCUCAGCCCCACCAAGGGGGAGCUGGUCUACAGCAAGACCGCCAAACAGUGCCUGGAGGAGAUCUCAG